AUGCCUCAGACUCCCGCCGCCGACCAUCGGCCCUUGGGCCCAGCGUCGCCCGCCAUGAGCCUGUCUGAUCUCGAUGACGACUCCGACCUCGAGCACCAGUCCCGCGGCAAAGGCGCCACCAGAACCAUCUCCCUCGUUUCCGCCACCAUCGCCGCCCUCUGCGCCGGCUCCAUCGUCGUCUUCUCGCUCUACGCCCCCCAGUUCCAGUCCCGCCUCCACUACACCCAGUUCCAGGUCAACGGCGUCGCCAUCGGCGGCUCUCUGGCCCUCUACCUGCCCAUCUCCGCCAUGGGCUACGUCUGCGACCGCAGCGGCGUCGCCCCGCUCACCCUCCUCUCCUCCAUCCUCUUCGCCAUCGGCUACGGCCUCGCCGCCGCCAUCUACCGCAAGCUCGACUUCGAGUACAAUGUCCGUGGCAAGCCUCAUGGUAAGGCCGACGACUGGUCCUACCCGCUCAUGGUCUUCGCCUUUGUCUGCGUCGGCUCCGCCACCUGCGCCAUGUACAUUGCAUCGGUCUCGACGUGCGCAAAGAACUUUGGCAAGGGCAAGUACCGCGGCCUUGCCCUCGCCAUGCCCGUCACCGGCUUCGGCCUCAGCGGCAUGUGGCUCAGCCAGGUCGGCAGCCGCUUCCUCCACGAGACCCGGCCCGACGGCUCCAAAGGCGACGUCGAUGUCUUCCGCUUCUUCGUCUUCCUCGCCAUCCUGCUCUUCGUCGUCGGCCUCGUCGCCACCUUUACCCUGCGUGUCGUCGACGAGCAGGACCUCAUCGAAGAAGCCAUCGACGAGCUCGAACAGAGCGGCUUGCUCGACGGGAGCGCCCUUCUCGGUCGCGCAGACAGGGGCUAUGGCUCGGCUGGUUCGACCGCCGAUCUUGAGAGCGACGCGCUGCUUCACCCGUCCAAGGACGACGACGCCAGGUGGAAAAAGAACUGGGUUCUCAACGCCGAGACGCGCCGGUUCCUCACCGACCACACCAUGUGGCCCUUUGCCCUGGCUUUUUUGCUCAUGAUUGGGCCGGGCGAGGCAUUUGUCAAUAAUCUCGGCACUGUCAUCGGCACGCUGACGCCUCCGCCCACGGGUUUCUCGACACAGCCCACCUCGGUGGCCACCCACGUCUCCAUCUUCGGCGUCACCAGCACCAUUGCUCGCCUGCUCAUCGGCACUCUCACCGAUCUCGUCGCCCCGGCACCCGAGACCCAGCACGUCCAGGUUGGCCCCCAUCGCGGCCACUACCAGCCUUCGUCGCUGGGGCGCAUCACCGUCUCGCGGGUUGUCUUCAUGCUCUUCUUUGCUGCCACCAUGUCCAUGGGCCUCGUCUUUCUCGCCUCGGGCGCCGUCCAGAACCAUGCCGAGCGCUUCUGGGUCGUCUCGGGGCUUGUCGGAGCAGGCUAUGGCGCCGUCUUUAGCCUGACGCCGCUCAUCGUCGCCAUCAUCUGGGGCGUCGAGAACUUUGCCACAAAUUUUGGCAUAAUUGCCAUGCUGCCUGCCCUGGGAUCCACGUUCUGGGGCUUGGUCUACUCAGGAGUUUACCAGGCCGGGGCCAAGGCGCCAUCCGCACCAGAGACAGGGGGGGGUUCCGACGAUCAGAACCUUUGUUACGGCGUGCAAUGUUACUCGGCCGCCUUUUGGGCAGAGGGCAUCUCCGUCUGGGUGGCGUGCGUGCUCCUCUUUUGGGCGUGGAAGGGUAAGAGCGGCUGGCAGCGACGCGGAAUCGUGAUAUAG